AUGCCUGUUUACCAAUGGCCCCUGUUUCUGUUUCUGUUUCUCCUACUUUCCCUUCUCUCAUCUUCUCUUGCCGUGAACCCACAAGGCCAGGCCCUUCUUGCUUGGAAAACCGGCCUCAACGGCCAAUUAGAGCCGCUGAGCAACUGGGACUCGACCGACGAGACCCCUUGUCGGUGGUUCGGCAUUCUCUGCGACUUUCAGAAUCGAGUCGUCGAGAUCAACUUGAAAGACGUUGAUUUACUCGGAACCUUGCCCGUUAACUUGACCUCUUUAAUCACCCUCAACAAGCUCGCCUUGUCGGGGACUAAUCUCUCAGGGGCAAUACCUCAAACACUUGGCCAACUCCGUGACCUCGUGCACUUGGAUUUAAGCGACAAUGCCUUAACCGGCGAAAUCCCGGGACCCAUCUGCCACUUGCCCAAGCUCGAGAAGCUCCAUCUCAACACAAACCGGCUCCAAGGCUCGAUCCCGCCCGAAAUCGGGAACUUAACCGGGUUGAUCGAGCUGACCCUGUUCGACAAUCAGCUGACCGGACAAAUCCCGGGCAGCAUAGGUAACCUGAAGCAGCUCCAGAUCAUCCGAGCCGGCGGGAACAAGAAUCUUGAAGGCCCUUUACCUGAAGAAAUCGGCAACUGCACGAACCUUGUCAUGCUGGGACUCGCCGAGACCGGCAUUUCCGGAUUCUUGCCGACAUCUUUGGGUCGGCUGAAAAAGCUCGAGACUUUGGCUGUUUACACCACGCUUAUCUCCGGCCAAAUCCCGCCUGAGAUUGGUGACUGCACGUCGUUGAGGAACAUUUACUUGUACGAGAACUCGAUCACUGGAUCUAUCCCGACUCGGUUGGGGAAUCUUCAGAACCUGGAGAAUCUCUUGCUGUGGCAGAACAAUCUUGUCGGUGUUAUCCCUCCCGAGCUCGGUUUUUGCCGGAAUCUUGCCGUGAUUGAUUUGUCGAUGAAUUCGUUAGUCGGGUCUAUACCCGAGUCUUUUGGGUACUUGAGCCAGCUACAGGAGCUGCAGAUGAGUGUUAAUCAGAUUUCAGGUCGGAUUCCAUCACAGCUCCGGAACUGUACGGGCCUAACGCAUAUCGAGCUCGAUAACAAUCAGCUCUCCGGCGGCAUCCCGUUCGAGUUCGGAAGCCUUUCGAAUCUAACUCUGUUGUUUUUGUGGCAAAAUCGGAUAGAGGGAAACAUACCGCCAUCUCUAUCCAACUGCCGUAAGCUCGAAGCAAUCGACGUGUCUCAAAAUUCACUCACCGGCACUAUACCGAGCGGCAUUUUCGAGCUGCAGAGCUUGAAUAAGCUUUUGCUGCUGUCUAACAAUCUUUCCGGCCCCAUACCCCCGGAAAUCGGGAACUGCUCCUCGUUGAUCCGUUUUCGGGCGAGCAAUAAUAAGCUGACUGGGAAUGUGCCGCCGGAUAUCGGAAGGUUGAAGAAUUUGAAUUUCUUUGAUCUCGGGUCAAACCGGUUAUCUGGGGUCAUACCGCCCGAGAUUUCCGGUUGCCGGAACCUCACUUUCCUCGACCUGCAUUCGAACUCGAUCACCGGAAGCUUGCCGGUGAGCUUGAAUCAGCUCGUUGCUCUUCAGUUUCUUGACGUCUCGGAAAAUCUUAUCGAGGGCUCAUUGAGUUCGGGCCUCGGCUCGUUGACUUCGCUGACGAAGCUCAUUCUUGGACAGAAUAAGCUCGCAGGCACGAUACCAGACGAGCUGGCCUCGUGUUCCAGGCUUCAGCUGCUCGAUUUAAGCAGCAACGAGUUCGAGGGCCGAAUUCCGACGAGUUUAGGCAAGAUUCCGGCUUUAGAAAUCUCCCUGAAUCUGAGCUGCAAUAAGUUAUCCGGCGGUAUCCCGAAAGAGCUCAGGGCCUUGGAUAGAUUAGGCGUGUUGGAUAUAUCUCACAAUCUCCUCUCCGGGGACCUACAUUACCUAGCUGGCCUCCAAAACUUAGUAGUCCUCAAUGUCUCACACAAUAAUUUCUCCGGCCGGGUCCCCGACACGUCGUUCUUCACGAAACUGCCGCUUAGUGUCCUCGCCGGAAACCCGGGCCUCUGCCUUUCUGGCAACAACUGCCCGUCUUCUGGCGACGGCUCAUCCACCGGCCGCCACCGGGCAGCUCGGGUGGCGAUGGUGGUGCUGCUCUGCACGGCGUGCGUUCUUAUGCUAACAGCCCUAUACAUAAUCCUCCGAGCCCGUCGGGCCCGUGAUUGCGAAAUCCCGGAUGAUAAUGACAUGGAUUUGUGUGGGCCGUGGGAAGUGACCGUUUACCAGAAGCUCGACCUGUCGAUUGGCGACGUGGCAAAGUGCCUGACAGCUGUCAACGCGAUCGGCCAGGGUCGGUCGGGAGUCGUGUACCGAGCCUCGAUCCCAUCCGGGCCCACCGUGGCUGUGAAGAGGUUUCGGGCCUCGGAGAAGCACUCGGCAGCCACAUUCUCGUCGGAGAUCGCCACCCUGGCACGAAUCCGGCACCGGAACAUCGUGAGGCUGCUCGGGUGGGCAGCCAACCGGAAAACGAAGUUGUUAAUGUACGAUUACAUGGCGAACGGGACUUUGGGUUCGUUGCUGCACGACGGGCUCGGAGAGCCGGUCGAGUGGGGGAUUCGGCUCAAGAUAGCAUUGGGCGUGGCAGAGGGUUUGGCCUACCUGCACCACGACUGUGUGCCGGCUAUCUUGCACCGUGACGUGAAAACGGAUAAUAUACUGUUGGGGGACCGUUACGAAGCGUGCUUGGCGGAUUUCGGGCUGGCAAGGUUCGUCGAGGAUGAGAACGGGCGGUGCUCGUUUUCGGGGUCCCCACAGUUUGCUGGGUCCUAUGGAUAUUUUGCUCCAGAGUAUUCUUCCAUGCUAAAAAUCACGGUGAAGAGCGAUGUCUACAGCUACGGAGUCGUGCUGCUCGAAAUCAUAACCGGGAAGAAGCCGGUGGACCCGUCUUUCCCCGAAGGCCACCACAUCAUCCAAUGGGCCCGCGACCACCUCAAGAGCAAGCGGGACCCCAUUGACAUCAUCGACCAGAAGCUCCAAGGCCACCCGGACACCCAAAUACAAGAGAUGCUCCAAGCGCUCGGGAUAGCCCUACUUUGCACGAGCAACCGGCCGGACGAUCGGCCCACCAUGAAAGACGUGGUGGCCCUACUAAAGGAAAUCAAGCACGAGCACACCUCGGGAGCGGAUCAAGGUCAUAAGCUAUCCAAGGGCUCGGAGGCCUCAUCUUAUUCUUCGUCAUCGGUCACCCCAGCUCAAUUGUUGCUUAUUCAAGGAUCAUCUAGUUGCUCCUCGACUUACUCCUCUUCCUCCACAAGUUACAAUCAAGGGAGACAAUGA